AUGGACGCUUCGACGACCACGGAUGGUCUCACAGCCUCCAAAGCAGCUCUUGAGGUGGUCUCCAUAUCCACGGAGGUCUCAAGAUCUGCAGAAGUCCCCAGAUUGACUCCCAGAGAUGGCUACGCCCCCUGCUGCAGUCCCACAGACGGCUACGUCCCCUGCUGCAGCCCCACAGAUGGCUACUCCCCCAGCUGCAGCCCCACAGAUGGAUACGCCCCCUGCUGCAGCCCCACAGAUGGCUACGUCCCCUGCUGCAGCUCCACAGAUGGCUACGUCCCCUGCUGCAGCCCCACAGAUGGCUACGUCCCCUGCUGCAGCUCCACAGACAGCUACGUCCCCUGCUGCAUCCCCACAGAUGGCUACAUCCCCUGCUGCAGCCCCACAGACUGCUACGCCCCCUGCUACAUUUUUGCUGGGUUUGCAAACCUUGUCACUUUCUACAUGAUUUGUUUCCGUAAGUGUGGGAUGUCGAACACAGCCAUCAUCUAUUUGAGCUGUCUGGCCAUUAUGGACACCUUCUACUUGGUCUGGGUUAUUCUUGUCGACUUAACUCUUACCUUUUGGAUUGUGCAACCCUUUUGGCAUUCCCACCCAUGGUGUGGCAUUCUGGGAUUCCUGCAAUAUGGAUCUCUGUAUAGUUCCUCCUGGAUUGUGGUGGUUUUCACCAUCGAGCGUUACCUUGUCCUCAGCAGCAUAGCAGCCAAACGGCACUUCUCCCAGCCCUGGGUCACUAAAAUGACUUGCAUUGCUAUAGUGCUUGUGUCUCACUUGGUGUCUGUGCCAAUGUGCUGGAUCAACAUUGUCACACCUGUAAAUCUAACGGUGGAGGGAGAGAAUACAACAUUACCUAGGUGUCGAUAUCGCAAUCACACCUAUUCCACUGUUAUAGUCUGGAUAUCCACUUUUCUUUCAGGAGGAAUCCCCAUUGUGUUGGUCACAAUCUUUAACUACCUCAUUGGGUACCAUCUGUGCCGUGCCAGCAACCUCUUUACUAAGGAGGAGCGGAGCAUUAUGUUUGGAAGAAGUACCAAAGGGACACUAAAGAGAACCGUUCUGCUGCUGGGCACUGUUUCUGUGUCCUUUGUUGUGCUCAGCCUGCCUCGUUUUGUCACAUACUGCAUUCUAAGGACCAAAUACAACAACGAGAACUUUGACAGGAAUGACUACAGUGUUCCUAUCAAUGUGGCCGGAGACGUGGCCAACAUGCUGCAGAACCUAAACUCCACCACCAACUUUCUGCUGUAUUGUGUGGUCAGUCGUCGCUUCCGGCAGGAACUGCUGCAGGUGCUGACUUGCAAGGCGAAGGCCCAUAAACUGGGUUCCCUCCUCACCCACAAUACCAUGAAAGUCUUCACAGUUGUGAAUUAUCAGAUUUCACCAUCCUGCCACCCAAUGACUGUUGUACUAACCAGCCAUAAACAGAGGGAAUAG